AUGGGGAAUUGGUUUGCAAGGAAUUAUCAGACGGUGCACCCACUGGACCAAGAUGGCGAGGAUGCUAAAACCAACCUCGUUAGUCCAUCAUCAAGCAGUUUAAGAAUCAAGGUGCGUAUGACCACAACGCAACUGAAGGAGUUGAUGGCACAGGCACACUUGAGCCAAGGCAAUUCGGAGCUUGGUAGCAUGAUCCUGCAAGCAUGCUUAGAUGGCAGGUAUCGUGCUCGUGUUGUCGCUGGUGAUGGAAGUUUGGUGGCAUCAGAAUAUGCAAGGAAUUUAUUUACCAUCGAGGAAGAGUAA